AUGCUUAGCGAACUCCGAGAUUGGCACGAUCGCAACCAAGCACCUAUACAGCUCCGUCAAGCUCAGCAGUCUGGCGGCGAUCAAACAGCGGCGAUUCAAACUCCUGGUAAAUCGCGAUGGCCUACGAUCUCUGACCGCCCUCCGGCUCCCUCUGCCCAAAACAACAACGACGGCGCUCCCGAUGCGCCAAAUCCGUCCACUCCGCUAAGGAUUGCCAUCGUCGGCGGGGGCAUUGUCGGGCUCUGCCUCGCCCUUGCCCUGCACCGUCAUUCCCUCCCUUUCACUCUCUAUGAAUCAGCCUCCAAGUUCUCAGAGAUCGGAGCAGGGCUGAUGGUCGGGUGGAACGCGUUGCAGUGUCUAGAGGAGGUGGGUGUGGCAGAAGAAGUUGUAAGGUUAGCAAUGGACAGUUGGUUGCAUCCGCCUGAUAUCUCUGUGGUGGGGAUGAAUGGUACCUGUAAGGAAGAGAAGUCGGGAGGAGACGUAUUCUUCCAGUAUCGGUUUGGCGAUGGGAGACGCGAGGAACCGAUUUGCACUGUCAAGUCGCCCGGUGGACAGAUCACCAUUCAUCGUGCGGAUCUGCUUGACUUGCUUCUCUCUCAUCUUCCCGAGGACCGAGUUCGUUUCCGCAAGCACCUCGUCCAAUUCGAACAUCUAGAGUACGGAGUGUGGCUCGAGUUCUCCGAUGGGACGAAGGAGGAGGCAGACGUCUUACUCGCCGCGGAUGGGAUUCGGUCUACGAUGAGAAGGCUCAUGUAUGCUCGAACUGGCCAGGUAGAUCUGCAGGAACCGAGGUGGUCCGGCUGCUUAGCAUACCGUGCGCUUGUACCAAGUCAUUUGGUGCGUGCUGCUGUGGGGGACGAGAUCUGGGGCACGCCAAUCAUGUGGCUGGAACCUUCUCGUCAUGUGGUGCAUUAUCCCGUCGCGGCAGGAGAGUACGUGAACUUCCUUGCGUACAAGAGUGAUUACACGAAGGGUAGGGCGCCGAAGUGGGACGGACCGUGGGUUGAACAUGAGGUUGACGAGCAUGAUAUGCUGAAGGAGUAUGAAGGCUGUGGACCGCAAGUGAGGGCCAUCCUUGAAUUGGUCGAGCGGCCUUCCAGAUGGGCGAUGUAUGACAUCCCUGACUUACCCUACUUCGUCCAAGGGAAUGUCGCGCUAUUGGGAGACGCAGCGCGCGCUAUGACACCACACAUAGGAAACGGAGCAUCUCAAGGAAUCGAAGACGUCCAUGUCCUUGCCCAUCUGCUCGCACAUCCCAAAGUGACGCGCAAGACCGUCUCAGCAGCACUGAAGGCCUACGAGCUCGUGCGCAAGCAGCGUGCACAACGCGUCAAGGAGCUCUCCUGGUGCUCUGGACGUAUGUGGGAUCUGAGUGCCCCUGGAGUUGGGGAUGAUGCUGGUGAGGUUGAGAGGGUGAUCCGGGAGACUAUGGAUUGGGUUUGGGGCGUGGAUAUCGUCAAGCAGCUCGGCGAUCCUGGCUUCUCAAGCAAGACGAGAGAGAAAGACGGCACUUGCGAUACCAAUACCUUCUUACCAUCAACUCUCAUCUGCGACCAGUUGACGUCCGAGAAACUCUCCUACGCUCCGCUCGACCCCACAUCCCAGGACAAGACAGAGGAUGGGGGAGACAAAGAUCUUGAGAGCAGAGAACCUGCCGGACUCGAGGGUGGUCCAGCGGUAGAUGCAAGGCUAGACGGAGCAGAAUGGGAGUGCCCAAAGGUGGCCUUUGGUUGGGGCCUUCCCUGGGAUGUCUUGCAGGCGUAUUACAAGCUCCAUGUCUUUCCCAACGAACCGACCUCUAUUUUGCUCUUCCUGGGGAGCAUGUCAGGCAUGGUCAUGAAUCCUGUUGGUUUCGUUAUUGGGAAGAUCGCCGAUCGGUAUGGUUAUCGACUGUGUAUUAUCUGCGGAACCAUCUUUGCGUUUCUUGCUAUGAUCUGUGCUGCCUUCUCGACCGAACUAUGGCAGUUUUUCCUGACGCAGGGUGUCUUGCAAGGUCUCGCAAUUGGUUGCAUCCAUCCAGUGGUCAUGUCGUCCCCAUCUCAGUGGUUCCGAAAGAAACGUGAGUUAGCGACUGGGAUCGUUCUGACCGGUGCCUCAUUCGGCGGUGGGGUUGCCUCCUUCUGCGUCCAACAACUGCUCAUCCGGCUGUUUCGACUUUCGCUCUUUCGCGACCCGAUCUUCUGGUCGGUUGCUCCCGCCAUCUUCUUCGCCGCUUUUGGUUAUCUAGGCUUCAACUUCUAUCUGCAACAGUACACCAUCUACAGGCUUCCGACUCUCAAACCCUCGCUCUACGCCGUUCCUCUGUCCGCCGUGAACUUCUCCGCCGCCAUAUGCAGAAGCAGCAUCGGGUUCCUGGCGGACAAGAUCGGAGUAGUGAAUACCUUCAUCGGCUCCGUCUUUAUGGCUGGUUUCGCCCAGCUCGUGUUGUGGAAUUUUGCGGAUAACUUCGGUCUCAUCAUCCUCUUCGCGAUCGUUGUCGGGUUCUUCGGUGCUGCGUUCGUCAGCUUAACAAGCGUCCUGGGCGCGAAAUUGUUCGGAGUGAAGGAUCUCGCGGCCUUGCGCGGCCUUCUCAUCAUGUUUAUGAUGCCGGGAAACGCUGCAGGCCCACCCGUGCUCGGCGCUGUGUUUGCCGCUACAGGGGGAAACUGGCAUAUCGUGUUUUCCGUCAGUGGCGUAUGGUGCGUAACAGGCGCAUGUUGCCUCCUCUACGCUAGGUUCAAGAGAGAGCCGAGGAUGUUUGCCAUCUAUUGA